UCAAAGGUUAUUUCGCGUCAGAUCUGUGAUCCUCAACACCAUCGAAGAGCUUCGAAGUUUAUCUAAAAUCCGGAGGCAUCCUUCCUCCUUAUUAGUUUAUAAUAAUUUAGAAAGAUGAGUGGAGGAGUGUCAUAUUAUGGGAGUAAAAUAAGCCUAGUAUCGAAUGCUGGAAUUCGGUAUGAAGGCCAUUUAUUCUCGGUUGAUACUGCCGAUUCGACGGUGACUCUUUCGAAAGUACGUUCCUUUGGAACAGAGGACAGGCCAUGUGAUCAUCCCGUCGCCCAGAGAGAUGAGAUGUAUGACUACAUUGUGUUUAGGGCUUCUGACAUUAAAGACCUGAUGGUGUGUGAAGCUCCUAAACCUCCACAGACAACCUCCAUUGCCCAAGAUCCAGCCAUUCUGCAGCACUCUGGCGCAGUGAGCUCUACCACCACCCCCAGCUUUCGGCCACCCAACACCUUUGCGUCGGCUCCAGCUCCCUUUGCUCCAUUUAAUCAGCUCCCCUACCAAUAUGGUGCUAUCGGAGGUAUGAUGCCAAAUCAGUUUGCAGCAGGCCAGGUUCAGCGCCCUCAAAUAGGAGUUGGCAGGCAGACUCCUCCACCCAACCGCAAGUCGCCCACUAUGGAGCAGGCAGUCCAAGCUUCCGGUCCGCAGUCACCCGACAAGGACAAGAACGAGAGCAGCAGUAAGGGGAGGAAAGACCACGACAAGAACGACCAUCGUGAUCAGGAGCCCCAGCCGCAGAGGAGACGAGGAUCCCGUGAGGAACAGCGCAGGGGUGGCAACAACAGGGAUUUCAGGGAUGUGAGAGAGGAGGGGCGUAAUAGGGAUAACCAGGAUCGCUACCGAGACAAUCAGAACAGGGAUCAUGAUCGAGAUGGAAACAGGAGAAGGAAUGAUAGAGGACCUCGGGAUCAAGGCCGCAGACCAGAUAACCAACAACAGCAGCAACAGCAGCCUUACAGGAGGGGUCGAGGAGGACGUGGCCGUGGUCAUCGUCCAUUGAUGGCUAAAGAUCCCAUCAAGGUUGGAACAGACUUUGACUUUGACACAGCUAAUGCCCAGUUUGAUAAGGAGGCUAUUGAGGAUGAAUUUGAGAGCAAACUGAAGAUUGUUAAUGGGGAUGAGAAGUCAAGUGAGCAUGAACAGGAAGGGUCAGGGAGUGAGACACCCACCAGUGAGAAUCAAGAUGACAAGGCAUUCUAUGAACCAGAGAAAUCCUUUUUUGACAGCAUCUCAUGUGAAUCAAAUAACCCAGAUGGAAAUCGAACUCGUCCUAGCCGCCGUGAAGAAUACAAGAUGAACACGGAAACUUUUGGAGUGCCGUUCUCCAGGGGACGCGGUCGUGGUAGAGGCGGAUUCUACCGGGGUGGUUACAAUAGAGGUGGAUACAAUAGCUACCAGGGUGGAUACAACAGGAGCGGUGGCGGAUACAGAGGCCGUAACAACUACCAAAGAGGUGGAGGAGGCGGUACAGCCUGGAAUAAUAGGAGGAAUCGCAACCAGGACUGGGGGCGAGGGGAUGCACCUCAGCGUAGGGACCGUGGAGACGAUAAUCGUAGGAGAGAGGAUGGGAUCGGAAAAGGCACUACGGAAAACAGCCAGAAAGAAGAUAUUAAAGUUGCAGAAGGAUCAUAGAAGAAAGGCAGACCAAAUGCCAAAUGAGCAUUUUUUUUGUACAAAGGACAAUUUUGUUCACAUUUGUGGCCAAAAGGAUAAGCAGAGCUUCACCGAAAGAGCUUGAUAUAGAAGCUAGCUAUGCAUGGCAGGAGCAACAGUGCUAAUCAAUUCAUGGGAACUAUAUAGUGCCUGGCUCAAAGGGAAAAAAAAACAGAUGAUAAAUAUAUUUCUUAAUAUUGUAGUAGAAUUAUUUUAUUGAUCAGUUCAAUAAAGGAGGUUUAUCCAUAAAUUGCCUACUACAUGUACAUGAUUAUUACAAGAGGAAUUUCUGAAUAGUCUCUCAGAGAAAGUUUUGUUGUAUUCAAGCUGUUGAUUUGUGCUUUGAUUGGAAAGGAAGAAUUCCUUUUUUAUCAUUAUGCUUUAACUUUCACUUGUGGAACAAUCAAGUCAAGUAAAGAUUUAGGCUGGAAAGAUGUCAAAAACUUAUUAGUUUUUGUUCAUUGUGAAGUAUAAUUUACAGAGAUCAAGUGUUAUUCUUGAAUGCAGCGACAAUAUUGUAUCCCACAAAAAAAAGUAACCCAUUUUCAGAGAUUAUUAAAAAUGUUUUUUACUAUGAAUUUGAUACUCCUGGCAAGAGUGGCAUCUCAUCUACAAUUUGAAACCAACAGCUAAGCAAAUCGUCACGUGUGGCAAGUCAUAAACAAUAAACAUUGAGGUAUAUCAGAAAAGAUUUGCACAGAAACUCCCAUGUGAAUCUGAAUCCACUCUCAUUCUAGGGAUCAGUAAGGGUAUCUUAGCAAAGAAUACAAAAGAAAUGCUAAUUGAGCCAAUCGUCGAAUAAGCAUGGUCGUUGUUUCUCGAACCAAUCUAUUCCCAUUUUUCUGCGCAACCUGGUUUUGACCUUAAAAUUUCAAACUCGUCUUGCCCAUUAAUGAUUGAAGUGUUUAUCUCAUGUUAAGUAUCAAAAUAAAGUGGGAAAAUUGAAUCAUAUGAGUACGUAAAUGAAAUAUAAUUUAUUUUCCUUUGAAGAAAAAGACAUGGGAAUCCAGGUUUCCUUUUUUCUGGGACACACUGUAUGUUAACAUUUGUUCAAUGUACAAUUCACCCCCUCGCCCUUCCAGUAUUCAAUGCAUGUUUGGAAUAAAAGCACAAUUCAAUUAUUUUUAUUUAUUUCCUUGUUGGCUUUUUUGUUCAAAUAUCAAAUCGAUGGAUUGCAAUUAAGUUAAAAGUUUCAAGACAAUUAUGCUAUUGGUCACAUUUUCAUGUAAAAAUAUUGGCUAUGUGGACAAAGCAUACAUGGACUAUUUAUUUCUUGUCACUUAAUUUUAGCAAAGAAAGAAUUUAACAUCCAGCGAAGGCUCUGUUGUAUAUAUGAAGGAAAUAAUUUCUGAAGGAUCUUCUCAGAAGAACCUCAGAGACAUAAACUCCAUACCAACAAUUGCAUGAAAAGCACUGCACGGUAAAUGUCAUAACGGCCUAUCUAUACCAUGUAGCACCAUGUGUAACUACGUAUUCUAUCAUUCAGCCUUCGUAAUACAUUGUAAUGCAGCUAUUAGCUUCGUUGCUCCUUUUUUUAAACCCAUUUGACUUUGUUCUUGUGGUUUAGUGAUGUAGUUGCGAAGGUGUAUGUCGCUUGCAUCCUUAAUGUGGGUCCUGGGUCACAUAACACAAAGGUUAGCGAUUAAUAAUAUGCUUGGUUUUCACAAUUAAUUGAAUAUUCUAGUCAUUGCAAUCAAUCAUAAAAAAUGUUUUAUGAUUGCUGCUAAGCUUUGUGUCACAGGCCCCUGGUCAACCCGAUAUUGUGUUUUUAACACUUUUGAAGUAGGCAAAUGAUAAGAUACUUAUCCUGAAUGAUGAUAGAUUGUCCAAAUUACUGAUUUCACAGGAUUUGAUUAGAGUAGAGACAUGACACGUGGUAGUUGGGGACAGAGAGGAAGAAGGCGAUGUAUGUUGGAAGUUUUGUUUUUAAUUGAAGGAAAAGUUGAGUUUCUGAAUUCUGAGAAAAGUUGAAUUUAUGAGCUUUCUCAUAAUUUUUUUUUACAUCGUUUAAAAGGAAUUUCAUAGCAAUAUUGUUCAUUUGUCAGGACUGCUCUUUGAAUUGUAAUUAAAAUUCACACAAGACAAGAAGUAAAUAGUUGUGGUUCUACUUACAUGUACAUGUCAUUUUAUAUGUGUGAAAUUUCAUUUACCUUUUGGGGAAAGUCAGAUGCUGAUUAUUACAUAAGAAUUUAGCAUUCAAAUUGCUUUCAUCCAAAUUAGCAUCCAAAUUGCUUGGAAAUCAAUUUACCAGAACUUAACUUAACCCUUUGAGAAUCUUGACAAAUACCUUACAUCUCUUGAUUCCCUUGAUCAAAGGAAGAAUAAAUCCUUUUGGCGUUUCCUACCAUGCUGAGGCCAGAUUAGCCCUUACAGCUAGUAUUUUGCUUUUCCUUUCAAUUAUCCCUGUUCUUGCACCAGUUCUUUAUGGCACUUUCUACCCUAUUAGAUGUAAUAUGCACUUUGCAUCAAUGUAUUUCCGUUGUCAAAGCAUUGUUUAGAAUAUGGAACUAGAAUAGACGCUAAAGGCUAUAUAUUCCAUUCACCCUCAACUAUUUAUAUUACCUCACUAUACUGGGAUGUUGAAAAAGUGGUUUUCCAUAGGAACAGAUGAAAUGAGGUUAAUGUUUAAUUGUUCAUAUAACUUUAGAAAAGUGAAUUUCGAAAAGUUUGAAAAACUUUGCUGGUGAUUUUUUUUUAGUGUGUGUUAGUGUUGUCAAUUUCAAUAUCAAACUGGUUAUAUGAUAUGGCUUUCUUUUGAAAGAACUUAAAAUAUACUACAGAACUACGUGUUCUACAUUGUAUCUCAACUGAUAUAAACUGAACUCCUCCAAUUUUGAGUUUGAAAUGAUGCCAUGGGUAAGAAAUAAAGAGACUAAUAUUUGAGGCCCGGUUGCAUUGUAUAAAAAAGUAACAUCACAAAAAUGGCAGUAUACUGUUUGCUUGGUUUUCUCUGCCAGCUGUCUAGAGUAUUUUAUUGUCAGAAUUCAACAAUAAAAUUUAGCACUGUCAAUUUGGUUUCUAUGCUAUUGUGUGCAGGAAUGUGAAAAAUAAUUAUCGCGCUUCAAAUUAAUCUUUUCAAUAGAUUUGAACAUGUGUCAAUUUCUCAUCAUUUUCGUGGAAAUACCAGGCAGAUGAUUAAUAGGGAAGACUGCAUUCUCAGGCUAAUGAGGUGACAAUAUCAUUGAUUAUUAUGUGUGUCUACAUGUAUGUCAUGCAAAACUAGAAAUGUGUUUGUAAUAUCAAUAAAACAUAACAUAUAUUUAUUGCCAUUGUCCACAGCGAUGAAAUGCUUCUAACGCUUCAUGGGGUGAUAUAAGAAGUAAUAAAUUAUGGAGAAACUUGAGAAAGUAUGUCAUUUAAAUGCACAUGGCAUAUCUAGAAAGAUGUUUUAUUAUCUUGCUUGUGUAGUCAAUGCAUACAUAAUCCCUCUUUACACAAGGCAUGAACUUCUCUGAUAGACAUCUGUUGGCAAAGGCUGCAGCUUUAUCAUUACUGUUAGUGUUGUAAACACUAACAGUAAGCAGUUCAUCUGAUAGUCUGAUGCACUGAGACUUCAAAUAGUAGGUGCGGAGCAACCACUGCCCUAGACAGGAAUAACCGUCGUUUCUGGGGAUUUAUUUAACAAUUUCUGACAUUUUGCAAUCAUCCCCAUUCAGUGAGCCAAUGCACUUCAGCGGAACAACCCAAAUACAGAGACUGAAGCUUUUGGUCUACUUUCUCAUUUUGCUUUAGUUUUCUGUUUAUCAACUAUGAUUUAUACAGAUUUUGUACAAAAAAAACUGCUUCCAGACAUUUGUUGAUAAGAAGACGAUGAUUAGAGGGGGGUAUUUGUUGUCUUGUGUAUCAGAUGAGUCACUAUUAAGUGUAACAGCAAAAAUAUUUAGUUGUAGCCUCUGCCUAGAUUAUAGGCUACAGAUACCAUCCCUGUACACAAAGGUUAAUACACUACGUUAUUAUUCUUGUUUCAGAGUUUGAGAUUUUAGCGGACUGGCCAUUUAUUCUCACCGACUGAUUUUUCCCCCACUUUGAGUGACUAAUGAAUCGAUAUCACAUUGUGUCGUCUGCAGAAGUUUGCUGCAUCUCUUUGUAUUAAUACUGUAGUGAUUGUACUGGUUAUUAGUCUAUGUCUUCCUAGUGUUGAUGUAAGCAGAUUUUACUGCAGGAUUGGUCUUCUUAAAAAAAUCUGGCAUCUGGUGUGUUUUAAGGUUAUUUUGGUUACUUUAAUGGCAUCAACUUGUGGUUGAUGUAUAGUUUACCAUGAUGAUAGUGAAUGUGAACGUUUCCUUGAUUUUUACGUCUGAUGUUAUUGGUAAAUAUUCAAGGUGAAAUCGUAAAAUUGAAGAUCUGACCAAAGUGAGAAAAUCUCACCUGGCAGAAUCAUCAGUGAUGUUCUCGGAUUUAAAUUUUUACGAAUUGUAAAUUAUCAUUUGAUGAUUCUUUUACUGCAGUAUGUGUAAGGCUCAACACAUGGCUUGGUAUUUAUUAAUUUUUACAAUAACAAAGAUGCCAAGGCAAGCUAAAAAUAAAGAGUGUACUAAGAACGUACAGAGAGGAUAUGUUUUAAAGAGAAUUUUUAUUUCGAUGGAAAUGUUUUGUGUUUGAAAUAUGACAAGAAAGUUAUAUGAAUUAACUUUAAUUGAAUUUGCAUCACAAAAAUGAAUGAUAUUCAGAAGUCAAGUGAACAUAUUAUACCCACAGUGAAAAGGGUUAUGUGAUUGUGGUAUAGGAAUCAUUGUAUGCUAUGGUUUCAAACAAAACUAAAUAUUUUUCCUGUUUCACUUGCUUCAUUUUGACAUUUUUUUCAAAGAUAAGUAUUUUGGAAUGUGUACAUUGAAAGUUAUUUCAAUAUCGGUGUAACAGCUGCAUUCAAUUGGGUUCAAAGUUGAAACUUGAAAAUUGCACUGAAUUCAACUCUUUACUUUUUGUGCGAUGAUGGAUCUUUAAAUGAAGAAGCUGUUUGAAAAAAAGAAAGAAAAACUGUUCUGAUUAAUCCAAUUACUUUCAAAUCUUGUGAGAUAAAUAUUCAGCAUGUAUGUGCAUUUCAGAAGUUGUAAGCAGCAGAAUUGUGGACUUGAUAGAAAAGUGGAAACUGUUCUUGUAACCUAUGGGAGACCUCAGCAUGCUGAUGACUGAAUGCAAAUGAAAUGAAGAUUGCAAAGAAAUUUAUUUUCAAGGAAGAUUCUAAAUGAAAUGAUGAAGAGAUACUCAAAUGUAGGUGAUGGCCUUUUUUAAGGAGAAACUAGGUGGAAAUGGCAUGAAUUUGGGAUGGCCACAACGAAAGCCCGUUGAGCAAUGUACAGUGACAGAUAACUGUAUAAUGUUAUGUUGUAUUUGUGAAAUAAAAGAAAAUAGAAAUCA